UAGUACUACUGCCGCCGCCACCACAACCACAGCGCACGGCGAACCGUGGCAAAGGAAGCCAGCAAACAGCGGCUCCGACACCACUGAACCACCACCCCACGCGAAGCGAGCAGCGCGGGACGGGCGCAUCACGAUCAAGAGGUACGUCGAUCGCAUCAAAGACGGAAUAAAGGCGCGAACGGCAGAACAACCGUGCACAGUUGGCUAACGGCUGUGCCAGGAUCAAUUAAUCGCCAGAAGGACGGGAUGUCGGAGGAGGAGGCGUCAAGGGUUCCCGAGACAACAUUACCGGAGACGCCAUCGGAGGAGCGGGAGCGGCGACCGGUAGUAAUGGUGGCAGCGACACAGGAGUCCCCGGUAGAGUUCCGGCUGGAGGACGAGGUGCACGACAUCCGCGAUGAUGUCCGGCGGUUGGCGACUCGGUUCGACGGGCUGGAGGAACGGUUUGACCGGGUGGAGAAGAGGAUGGACGAGAGGAUGGACGAGAGCGACCGGAGGAUGGACGAGCGGUUCGAC